GGAAGGAAUCCAUUAGGAUGUGUCUAGCCACUCCUGCUUAGAAUUUGGGGUGUUUGGGACUUAGCUAAAACUCCAAGGCACCUGGGAAAAUCCCACCCAUCCUCCUGGUACCCAUUUGUGAAUCAUAUGUUUAUGUACCCUGCUUUUUUCACUCACUGGUAUUGCUGGAAGAUCUUUCCGUGUCAAAUAUUUCUUCUAUAAUAUUUUAAGUUGAUUCAUAGCUUGGCAUGCUUUAAUUGUAUCAUAAUUUAUUAACCAAUCUUUUAUUUUUAAGCACUUGAGUAGCCUCCAAUUUUUUUUAAAAAACACCUUCAGAAUUCUUUACGGAGUUUCUAUAAUUCUAGAGUUUUAGUGUCUCUGCAGACUCCUUGGAUCAAACUCCAGUGUGUCUCUAUCCUGAGUAGGAACAUACCUAAGACCAACCUCGUGUGUAUUCAGGAGAGAGAUAGGUGUGGGGUCCAGUUGAUGCUUCCAGCCACAGUAAAUUUGCUCCUGAACCUUCGUGUUCCUGUUCCCUGGGAAAAUGAGGAAAGGAGAAGGAGGGCUCAGGAGAAGUCACCAGAUCUUGUCCCAUGUUUGGUGUCUGCUCUUCCCAGACCAGCAGGGAAGGACCAUGUGCCAGGGGCCAUUGUCAUUCAGAGAUGUGGCUGUGGGUUUCACUCGUAAAGAAUGGCAGCAGCUGGACCCUACACAGAGGACCCUGUACCGGGAUGUGAUGCUGGAGAACUAUAGCCACCUGGUCUCAGUGGGGUGUCAGGUCACGAAACCAGCUGUGAUCUCCAGGUUGGAGCAGGGUCAAGAACCAUGGAUGGAGGAGGAAGAAAUCCUUGGAUGGAGCUUUCCAGAAGAAGUUUUGCAAGUUGAUACCCAAGUAGAUAGACAACAGGAACACCAAGACAGACUUUUGAGGCAAGUUGCAUUCCUAGACAAGAACAAAUUGACCAAAAAAGACCACCAUGAAUGUAAUACAAUUGGAAAAAAAACCUGUCAGAGCACAAACCUUGGACCUUCAAGACAACAGGUCCACAAAUGUGACUCAUGUGGAACGAGUUUGAAAUGUAAUAUAGACUUUAGUCAUAAUGCAUACCUUGCAAGAAGGAGAUUUGAGUGUGAUGGACAGGGGACCUUAUUUCUCUAUUCUAAGCUUGAAACCCCACAUUCUGGAGUACAUUCACGUGAAUGUAACCAAUGUAGAAAAGUUUUUAGCCAUGAUCAAGCCCUUAAUGCUGAUCAGGGAAUUGACAGUGGUGAGACACCCCACGAAUGUACCAAAUGUGGAAAAGCCUUUUCCCACAGAUCAGAACUCAUUACACAUCAGAGGGUCCACAGAGGUGAGAAAUCCGAUGGAUGCAAUGAACAGGGGGAUGGCUUCAGGGAGAAAGUUUGCCUCAACAAAUGGGGAAAUCACACAAAAGAGAAACCAAAUGGAAACAGCGACUGUGGUAAAACGCUUUCCCAGAAGACAAGCCUGUCUAUACCUGAGACAAUUCUUGCUGGAGAGAAGCCUUAUAAGUGUACAGAAUGUGAGAAAACCUUCUCCCACAAGUCACGUCUCAUCGAACAUCACAGAUCUCAUACGGGAGAGAAGCCCUACGGCUGCAAAGAAUGUGGGAAGUCUUUCUCCCGGAAGUCAUGCCUCAUUAUCCAUUACAGAAUCCACACGGGAGAGAAGCCCUAUGGAUGCAGUGAAUGUGGGAAAGCCUUUUUCCAGAAGUCACACCUCAUUCUGCAUCAGAGGACUCACACAGGAGAGAAACCCUAUGAGUGCAGUGAAUGUGGGAAAGCUUUCUCCCAGAACUCAUGCCUUAUUAUACACAAGAGAACUCAUAUGGGAAAGAAACCCUACGAAUGCUCUGACUGUGGGAAAACAUUCUCCCAGAAGGCAAACCUCAUCAGACAUCACAGAAUUCACACUAGGGAGAAACUGUAUGGAUGAAGUGAGAGGAGGUUUCAUCAAGAAGUCACAACACCUCUAGGAAUGAAAACUGUGGAUAUUCUGGAUGUGGGAAAUCCUUCAGCAAGAAGUCCAGUGCCACUGUGUGCAGAGGUUCACAUCGAGGUGCAAUUCUCCCAAUUUGGAGAAUUAGGAGAAACUCGGUCUCUUAAAACCAGUGAUAGGAUACUUAUGCUCUAGAGUGAUAUAUUUUUAUAGGAUAUACUUAAUUGUAAUGUGUAUCUAUAUGUAUAUGAACUGUGGAUAUUGAGCUUUGAAGUAUGUGAAUAAAUUAAAUCAUUAAGACAACAGAUCUAAUCAGCAUCAGAACAAUCCCAGGGGUUAUAGGAGUUAUGUUCCUACAUAGAAAGAAUUUUAUUAUUUUUGAACUGCAUUGGUAAUUGAAUGUAAUUGUGAACUUGUAGACAUAAUAUAUAGAAUGACAUCUAUCAACGCUUUCCACACUAAAUCAUACCUUUUUGUCUUUGUAAUAUACUUUAUAACUGGAACAAUAUGAAUUUAUUAUUAAACCAGAAAUCCACACACCAUACCACAUACCAUUGCUCUUAAUGUUUGUUGGCAAGUAUUACAGAGCCCCCGGAUCUGGAAACCAAU